AUGCCAGGAUCCGUAUCGUCUCCUAUUGACACAACCGAUGCCGAGCUUGGCAUGGUGGUGCCUCAUCUAGAAGCCCAGCCAUUUGAGUCGGAAGAUUUUCACAUCACCUCGUUAUCUGGCAUAUCCAUGUUUGCAUCUCAAGCCUGUCAAACUCUACAGGAACGAGUUCAUCAAACUCUACACAUUAUCCGUAAUCUGUCCUUUAUGCCUGAAAAUGCUCUUGCAUUCAGUAAGGAUCAUAGAAUGCUGACUCUUUUCGCAAAGGCCAUUGCAUUGCCAGCAGAUACAAUUUACGUCGAGAUCAAACAAUAUGCUUUGGAAAUUUACGAGAAUCUUGCGUCUUUUAUCAUCCUUCGAGGCCAAAAUGAUUUUUACCUAACUUGUCUCAAACAAAUGCUGUUUGAAAAUGACAGGGGAAGGGUUGUUGGAUCACUCCGAUGCAUGAUUCGCCUUACUAUGACUGAAGCGAACGAAAAGUCGAUCAUGGGCAUAGAAACAAGCAUCAUUCAACGACUGAUACAGCUGUUGUUGAUACCAGAUGAAGAGAUUAUAAGCGGGGUGAUGGAGUUCCUGUACCUGUUUUCCGGACUAGGAAGUGAAAUCGGAGUGAGAAUUAUGCAGUGUGUGAGGUUUAAUGUGUUGAGGCUAUUUUUAAAGUUUUUGGAAUGGAAAGGAGUAGGAAAAGUGUCUACUCAUGUUCAUGGUAGUUCUGCUCCUCCCAUUGCAGCAAAUACAAGUUCUGUUGCAGCACCUGGAGCGGCUUUGGCGAGUCGUCCUACCACACCUGCCAUGGCUGUACCAUUUACUCCGGCUCUUCAACGUCCACCAGCUUAUUUAGAUCCACGUGCCAUUGACCAUUUUCAAGCUGCCAUUUGGUUACAGGGGAUUCUUGAAGCAGAUGCUACGUAUGCCAUUCAUCAAGUAGGAUUGAUGAACGAAUACGAAGCAUACUGUAAAAUGACGAACCUCAAAGCGCUUCAACUUCCUGAACUGAUCAAACUGAUCCAAAACAUAUUUGUAGGAUCAACAAGCAGAGAUCACGCAUCAGCACCAGGUGUAACCAUUAUAAACGGUGUCAUCAAGGGAAUUCGUCCUAGAUUAAACACGACCGCAUCGACUAGCACUCAUUUGGUGAAUGUGAUGUCUCAUUUGCAUCAUAUAUUUCCCGAGGCAAAUGAUGAGUUGAGAGGUAUUCCGUUGAGUGCUGUACUAGUAUUGCGAAAUAUUGCUCGGCAUCCGGAUAAUCGCGAGUUUUUUUCUCCUUUUGAAGGAGAUUUAGCUCAGCUGAUGCUUUUACCGAGAUUUAACAAGGUUGUUGGGACAAUCUUGGCCGAGUUGAAAGGAUAA